UGCAAAAUAACCGGCAUGCAGAGAAUGCAGGAGAGGGACCUACAGAGCAUGUGCAGAAGGGCGCUGCUGCUGACCGUCUGUAUGGUGUCUCUCUGGGGACAGCUGACCAGUGCAUCGUCACACAGAAGCCACAUAGUUCAUGUGAAAGCAGGAACCUGUGAGGUAAUUGCUGCUCACCGAUGCUGCAACAAGAACAAGAUCGAAGAGAGAUCCCAGACUGUCAAAUGCUCCUGCUUCCCUGGACAGGUGGCGGGAACAACGAGAGCGGCUCCAUCUUGUGUAGACGCGUCCAUAGUUGCACAGAAGUGGUGGUGCCAGAUGCAUCCCUGCAUGGACGGAGAAGAGUGUAAAGUGCUGCCAGAUCUCAAAGGAUGGAGCUGCAGUACGGGAAACAAAGUGAAGACAACCAAGGUCACCCGAUAGUCGUCUGUUUUAAGGAUAACCUUAUGUGGAACCAGACGCUCUUUCUUUGACAGCACCAUUGGACAUUUGGAUAUCACGUGUUUUGAGGAUUGGUGGAAACCAGGGACCAACAAGGACAGCUAUCACGGACAUUCCAGUGAGCGAAUGGAGGAAUCGGACCAGGGAGCUCCACAUAAGACUACGUAUCCAAACAGAUUCCUGACCUUUGAUCCAGCAUCAACAGUAGCUGUCUCUGAGCUCUACUGCCCACCAAAUCUCUCUUUGUAUUAUAGUUUUAUUGCUAUGGACUAGAGGACUCAACCAUGAAGAUAUUUAUUGACUAAAAGACUGUGGAUUACACCAGAAAAAAAUCACCCUUAAAACAAAACCAUGUGAUGUGAAACUUUUGUGUUACUUUCUUGCCCCCAGGACUCUUGAUGCAUAUCUGUGUUGAAGAUCUCGUGAGAUCGUAAGCGUUUCUGUUCCUUUUAGCCUUCUGGAGCAGAUAUCUCUUCUGUUUCUUUUUUUGUUGAUUUGAAAGUGUCUGGCUUCUUUACGACGUCAGGUCUCCCUUUCACAGACAAAAGAAGAUGCCACAACGGUAACACCCAGAAAAAACGUGACGAUGUUUGACUGCAAGUCGCCAAGGGUCAACGUAGCUGAGUUCUGCCAACAUGUUUUAAUGGUAUCUGUUGUUUUGAAAGCCUGGUGACUGCUAUUCAUUACAAAUGUCGAUAUUAUCUCAAUAAAUCUAAUUAAAUGGA